ACAGCCACCAUGCUACGCAAGUAAGCAAGUAAAAAUGAAAGAUAUACAAGUAUUUCAAAGGUCUCUAAAAGACUUUGAUUAUUUCAAAGACUUUCAAUGUUUUCUGAAUAUCAAACACAAUGCUCGAGUGCGUGCCACGCAUAUAAAGAAAAGGAACUCAAGGUUUAAUCCAUUGACUGACCUAAAUGAGCAUAAAUUUCGACUAAAGUAUCGAUACACUAAGGAAAACCUUCGCAGAAUUAUUGAAAUUGUGCGGGAUGACUUGGAAAUUGAAUAUUUUGAGCCGUUGAAGAGGGAGCAAGUUCCAAUAGAUCUGCAGAUUCUAUCCGCCAUUCGCUUAUGGGGUGGCACAGAGCACCCCAAAUUAACUGCAAUGGCCCAUGGCGUAAGUUUACGCACUUUGGCAAAAAUAACUAGGCGCGUGGCCUCUGUCUUAUCAUCGAAAGCUUCUAGGUAUAUCCGAAUGCCGGCUACUCUAUCGGAAAAGGAGCGAUCAGGAUCAGCGUUUCAAGCCAUUGCCAAUAUGCCGCAAGUCAUUGGUGCUUUACUACAGACAACUGUGAGGUUUCAACCAGAAAACUGUGCCACUGAUCUAGAUGGAGAGGAGCUAUUUCCCGCCUUUACCACCAAGGAGGAGGAGCUUCACAUCCAGAUUGUUUGCGAUGCGGCUCAUAAGAUAAGGGACCUCGACAUCCGAAUGAUCGAUGAGCAGUCCAUGCUCACCGACACCGAGAUGUUCGGUCUGUCCAAAAUAAAGGAUCGAUUCGAACAGAACGAGUUCCGGGGUCGUAUUUUGCUGGGCAACGAAAUGGUGCGCUGCUCCUCCUCCCUGUUCACACCGGUUCGAUUCCCGAGGAACCAAUCCGAGGAGCUGUAUAACCACGCCCACGCGGUCACCUACGCAUCGGCUAGAAAGUGUCUCAAUCUGCUGAUGAGUCGCUUCGGUAUCCUUGGCACCGAAAUCCAGGGUUCGCAUGGAUCCGCAAAGCAAACGAUUACGGCGUUGGCCAUACUCCAUAACAUGGCCAUGGAGUGGGUCGAUCCAAGCAUUGAUACGGAACAGAACAUUUCACCAUUUAAUUCCACUUUUUUCAAUUCCAUAGGAAGGUCACCAAAAUCCGGAGAGGACAACAAUCGAAGACAAUUCAUUAAAACCCAUUUUGCUUGCUAAUAGAGUUCAUACAAAUAUUUGUACUCGCAGUAUUGCAAUUAUUAAAAAUAAACUAUUUGUCGAUUUUCCUCAA